AUGGCCGCCGCUCGGUGCGGCGGGCUCCUGCUCUGCUGCGGGCUCCUGCUCUGCGUUUCUGGAAUGAUCCCAGAGCCCCAAAACGCAAGAAUCACUUCAGUCAAUCUUCACAGCACCCUGCAGUGGGAUGCACCAAGGUUCCCCAAAGGGAACAUCACCUACACUGUCCAAUACAAGAGCACCUACGUGCGGGAGGACACCUACGAGACGCUGAGGACUGGGCUGAGGCUGCCGCGGUGUGACCUGUCCUCGCUGUCUGCCUACGGCGAUUACAUCCUGCAGCUGCGGGCAGAGGCGGGGCCGCUGCGCUCGCCCUGGCUCAGCCUCCGCUUCAAACCCAUGGAUAACACCACCAUUGGCCCCCCUGAGGUGAGGCUGAAGUCGGAGUCCGGGGCCCUGCACGUGGAUUGCUCGGGGCCCUUUGCGGAGCGCAGGCAGGACAGGUGGCCCCUGAAGCAGUACUAUGGCUCCUGGAAGUACAGGAUCCUCUACUGGAGGGAAGGCAGCACGGACAAGGUGGCUCAGGUGGAGACCCAGCACAGCUCUGAGAUCCUGUCCCAGCUGCAGCCAUGGACAGUUUAUUGUGUCCGAGUGCAGGCCGUGAUUCCCGAGUUGAACAAGACAGGGGAGCUGAGCAGGGAGCUCUGUGAGCAGACAACCCACAAUGGUGUAACCCCUGUGUGGAUAAUUGUGACUGUUCUGGUGGGAUCCAUGCUGGUCGUGGUCACAGCUGUCACCGUUUGUUUCUUCUGCACUUUUUAUCUGUACAGACUCACUAAACACGUUUUCUGCCCUUCCUAUGUAUUCCCACAACACUUGAAAGAGUUUCUGAGCAAACCUCCCAGUGCUCCACAGCCUUUCCCUCCACUUCCACAAGAAGAACCCCUGCUUUAUGACAGGCUGACUGUGAUUUCCCAGGAAUCCCAAAGCCUCAGUGAAGGGAGUGGGAAUGAGGCCAGCAGGACCCCAGAGCAGCCUGAGGACUCUGCACAAGGAGACUCUGACCCAGGAGUGGGAGCAGCCUCAGGAAGAGCCUGAACAUCCUCCUCAUCCCUCCUUGGAAAAGGAGAAGCAAAUGGACACUGGGGUUUAUCCACUGUGUAUCCUUCUCCAGCAGGAAAAACCCACAGACAAACACAUGCUCACGGACUUUGGACAGAAUCAUUUUUUUUAAGUACAAGAAACUUGGCUCUAAAUGAGAAAUUCAGUGAUCCAUAAUUUUUGCCAUUGUUGAUGGUGGCUCCCUGAGGAGAUGUAGCAAUUCUGGAACUGAUUUUGAUCUUAAAAAGCAAAUGUCAUAUUUUUAUAUAACACUAAUUAAUUUAACUUUGAUGAACUAUUUAUUGCAAAAACUAAUCAAAAUGCUUAUAAAAGAAAAUGGUAUUUUGUAAGGAAAGACCUGAUCUGGUUUAUUUUUUUCUAAUGAGAAAUGAUGUGUUUGUAAGGAUGUCCCCACUGGAAUCAUAUUUCUAUGGAAUUUAUUCUUCCCUCAUUCAAAGUGGUGAAGUUUUCAGAGCGGGAUGAACUGAUGUCUGUGGGAAAAUGGGCAGCUGAAGUGGGAAUUAAAUUAGGUUCAAUUCAAUUAUCUACUGACGUGUAUUCUGAAUUUUAAAAAUCCAGGGAGCUGUGACUCCAAAUCCAGCCUCACCUGUACAGGUGGGUGAAGGCUGCACUGGGGCAGGAGUGGGACUUUGCAGGGGGCAUUAACUGGGUUUUUGUGUUACUGCACCAAAGUGAGAAUGAGAAAUUAAAUUCUGUCACCAAAGGAACCUUCCAGGAGUGAAGCUGUGUCUCAGCUCGAUUGGGAAUCGCAGAGUUUUGGGGGUUGUUUCUCACUUGGUG